CCGCGGGUUUCCGGACCCCAGGCUAUUUCUAGGCGCGCGCGGCCCAGGCUGUGUUUCUGCGUACUCUGGGCGCUCCGGUGCCUGUUGGCGUCCCAGCUCCUGUGCAGGCCCUCGCCACCAUGGGUCCCGUGUCCAGUCUGCCGCUCGCCGCUCUCUUGCUGUUCCUUUCCGGGGUCUGCACCGUGCUCUGCGACACGCCUGCCAACUGCACUUACCCCGACCUGUUAGGCACCUGGGUCUUCCAAGUGGGCCCUAGUGGUUCGCAGCGCGACAUCAACUGCUCGGUCAUGGGACCACCAGAAAAAAAAGUAGUAGUACACCUUAAGAAGUUGGAUACAGCAUACGAUGACCUUGGGAAUUCUGGCCAUUUCACCAUCAUUUACAACCAAGGCUUUGAGAUUGUGUUGAAAGACUACAAAUGGUUUGCCUUCUUUAAGGAUGUCACAGAUUUUGUCAGUCAGUUGUUCAUGCAGCUGGGAACUGUGGGGAUAUAUGAUUUGCCACAUCUGAGGAACAAAUUGGUUAUUAAAUAGAACAUCUGUUGAGGGGCUCUUUUAAACCCUCAGCCAAGAACAGACUUUGGUGCUAAGAGACAGAACUGCCUGCUGCAGUGGACCUACCAAGAGCACGCUAGCAGAGGCCUCUAGCAGCUGCUGUCGUUUCUGGAAUCUAUUUGCAUGUAAAAUGCAGAGGAGGCCUGCUGCCCGCCUCCCCAGCCCCUGCCCUCCUGAACAUCUCCUUGGAGACUGGUCACCACCACUUGGGAGUGUGAACACCAGAGACUGUGCAGGAAGCAGAGCAGAAAGUUGUGAGGAGGCGGAGUCUUAGGCGGCUUCAUCCAGCGUUCAGCGUCUUUAUGAGCAAUGCAAAACACGUGAAUUGUUUUCCUCUUUGGAUACUCCUCUGUUGAAAUGAUUUUUCAAACUGGACAGGAUUUGAACUUCGUGCUUUGUUUUAUUCACAUUUGGAUUGUCUCUUCCUGAGUACUUUCCUUGCCUCGACUUACCUUGAAAAAUUCCAGAACCUAUUGUAAGGAGAAAAUGAUGCUUCAGGUUCUUUUGAGAUGGACAGAUAGAAAUUAUUGAGGAGAAGGUGGUCCUAUGGAGGAUGUAUUUACACGAAGGAAAAAGCAGCUUCCUUAGAUGAACCAGGCUGCUAGGGAGUAUUCUUUGGCAUAUUACAGACCUAGAGUACUUCUGGCCUGAAAAAUGGUGUGGUUAAUAUCUUUUUAAAAAGUAGGUUAGUAUCUAAAAAUUAGAUACUCUUAUGCUAAGAACUUGACACUAUAUUAGUUUUAAAAGCCCUAUAAGGUAGAUAUUGUUAGUUUGUAGAUACAGAAAAUUAGUCUCAUAGAGUGCUUAAGCUCAUACAGCUACUAACUAAAAUGCUAGAGCGUGGCUUUCGGGCAUGAAGACUUCCCACAGGCUGAAGAGGUAAAGAAGGCCAUUUCACAGACCAGUAAGUGCUAUGUGGAGUCACACUGGGGUAGAUACUUCUAGUGGAGUCCAGUCUGUAAGCAUUGCGGGUGUUGGUUUAAUAGGUGAGGAUGUGUACUGCCUGGCUCUUGUUGACCCCUUAGAGAAGAAUUGCCUUGAAGCCUGGGUUUCAUUAUCUGAAACUGAUAAGGAAAUACUGACUUUCCUGCCUAAACCACUAUUCUUUCAUUCAAGGUAAACACUCACUUUCUCAUUCCCUUUGACAUCUCAGAAAUUGAAGGGGAGAUUUUAAACUUCGGCUGAAAUGCCCUUGUCCAGGGGACUUCUUUUUUUUUUUUUUUUUUUUUUUUUUUUAAUGAAUCCACUUCCUUUAUUGCAGUAAACUCUGUACAAAGCAGCAACUGCAAUACUCCAGGUUAAAACAUUAGAAAAGCAUUUGUGACAGUUAUGGUACAGUAUUAUCAAAAUAUUCCAUUUCAAACUUAAUAGGUAAUCAUCCACCAGAGCUCACAUCUUUAAGUUAUUUCCAUAGUUUUAAAAAAAGUCAGAAAGCAUAUAAAAAGAUGUAAAAGUAAACCUAAAAUACAAACGAAAUAAUGUAACAAAUAAAUAUCUGAUUUAAUUAACUGUUAACCAGCUUAAUGCCACCAUUCUCUAAAGCCACGGAAUUCUUAGACCUGUAGGAAUAACGAACCGCCAAUGCCACUGCCUAAUUAUUUCCAAGUUCUCACCAAUGAUUAUGACUAAAAAAGGCAUUAAAAUAAUCAAAAUUCAGCAUAAAUAAAACGAAAUAGAAUAGCUUCAAACUUCUGUUGAUUAUGCUCGCAUUCCGCUGAUUGCUCGCAUUCCGCUCUUUCCUGCUAAACAGUGGACUCUUCCUCACUUGCUGCAGAGCUGAUUAACAUCAUUCCCAGGUAGCCCAACCCGUAAGUCCACCCCUAACCCAUAUUGUCUGGAAGCACUGUUUUUCCUGCAUCCAUGCCGGAAUAGAAGACUCUUUCUCUAGAUAGUUCUUGGGCACCUUACUUCAGAAGACUGUUUAUGCCACUGAGAAGUACGUGUCUGCUCUUCUGGGAAGAGAGAAUGUCAUAAAGGAACAGUCCAGCAGAUGAUUCUGACCUGAAUACUUUUUUCCCAUGCCAACUUUGGACCUUGAUGCUGUACCCCUUUAAGCUUACCUGGCUCUCACCAUCAGUGGGAGAAUUGCCAUGACAUUGGUUCCUGUUGUACUUUGUUGUAAGUACACGAUUUGCUAGCAUGUCUUCUGAAGAUCUGUACUUCUCUCUGUCUGUCUUCAGUACCUAGUGUGCCUCGAAAUUUUAUAAGUGUUUGGAAAAUAAACCACACCUUUCUUUCCUUUUCACAAUAAAACCAGUCUACAAGUAAUUCAUUUUAUACAAAUCUAGAUGCUGCUACAUUUUUCAUUUUUGGUUCUUUGUUCUAAAAAAAUGCUAUCAGGUGACCUGUCUCCAACGCUCUGAAAGAAUUGUAUAUUUUCAAGCUGACUUUUGGGUUGUAAAUACUACUGCCAGAUCACCCAGGAUUUUAAAGAAUGCAUUUAAUGUGGAAUUUGGACAAGUAUUAAAAAUUGUUUUGUUUGUUUUUCUGAGUAAUUUUGCACCAAAAUGUUUUGAUUGUGGAAGACAAGAUUUAGUGGGUACAGCCCCACAAUAAAAUAAUGCUUAAUAUUCCCCAUCAUAAUUGCCUGUUUGUCUUCCUUUCUGGUCUUUAAAGUCCAUUAGGACAAGAAUGAACCCCACAGAACAGGGUUCUCCCUGAAUAACAUAAUACAUGGCAGAGAAGCCUUCAAUAAAUAUUUGUAUAAGAAUGAAAAUUGAAUAAUGUGUCAGUUGUGGUGUUUUAUUGCUGUUUUGGGAGAGUGUUGUUACCAUGGUGUCCUUAGAGAAUAUGGUAGACCCUGAGGUCAUUUUUGCUGAAUAACUUAAUGGAAAAGAUAUUAGACUUUCAAAUUUUAUUCUGUUUAUUUAUGUUUUAAUCUUCGAGUGAGCCUGUAGAGGCCAAGAUAGGGCUCAAAGUUUAGAAAUUUCUGAUUUUCGGAGCUACUAACUGCUCAGUUAGCUGUCAAGGGGAACAGUGAGCUUUAUGAUUCCCCAAAGCCUGGAAAACAACAACUAGAAGUGGCCUGGAAUGCUGUGGCUUGUAGCUCUCUCAUUAAUUAGUCAAGAGUGUGGGCUAAGGAGCGUAUGAGAUGGAGCUCAUACAAUUUCUUCUAACCUCACAGUUGAAGAGUUUCUGAAUAAGAGAGGAAAUGACCAAGGGACUUCAAAUACUUCACUGAUUAGUGAACUGUUUCUUGGCUGAUUCUGGAAGGUAUAAGAGUAUUUUGGUGUAAAUUGAAUGUCUUUUCAGCUUUGGUAAUAAUUUUCUGAUCUUCUUUCACAUGAUCUCUAACUACCAUUCUUUCAAUAAAUACCUAGAAGUUGUUUGGUUGCAAUCACUGAAACAAUUUCCUGACUGUUUUGUAGU